UGGCAUACAACGAAAAUGCAGGCCGCAGCUCGAAUCACCCUCUCCAUGUUCCUGCUGGUAACAGUCGUGAGUGCAUCUCACAGCGGGACAAAACUGCGUCGCGAUGGGGUCCUCAAUCUGUACCCCUUCCCGAGGGUCGGCCGCUCCUCACAUCAGACUUGGCAGAUACCUAUUAAUGAUCUGUUAGACCAAGAAAUCGACAAACGUCAGCUUUACGCGUUCCCUCGCGUCGGUCGCUCCUAUCCAAUGCAGAUGUCUCCAAGAUUGGAAGACCUGAUCUUUGGAAGGAACCGCUUCGUCAAACGGGAAAGCGAGGGCGCGAGUGAUAGCACCGGGAUGUGGUUCGGACCACGGCUCGGACGAGGGUUUAGGAGUGAAGAUGAUGAAAUGCCAAACCAAGAGGAACGCAGCGAGCCUGAACAAACGGACCCCGAGCAGACCGGUCGAGAGAAACGGCAGAUUAAAGAAACGUAAUCGUUAUCAGUGGAUGUUUGCUAGUUAUUUCUUAAUUUAGUUAGGAAAUUCGCUAUUGAUUGUGAACAAUGAAAAAUAACGCUUAAAUCUAGUCCAUUAUGGUUCCAAUUAUCUUAAUUAGGUGGCGUGAAAACUCAUCGAAUCAAAUUCGAAAUAAGGGCUCAUGUUUCUUUUUUCUACUACUUUUUUCUGUCUUUUAAUUACGUUCAGUAAUUGUCAAUUUUACCGCCAAUGUAUUAUGUCGAUCUAGAAGUAAGAUUUAUGUAAUUUUCUUAUAAAUAUUUUAUAAGUACCUAAGAGUUAGUCUUGUAACGGAAUUGUUUCUCUGGCUGGGUGGAUUGUAAUUUAUUUUUAAUCCAAGAAAUGAU